AUGACUGCACAUUAUGAGCUGGCCUCAAGAACACGAAAGUCCAUUCCAUUUGAUUUUGCUGGCCCUCAUAAAUACUCAUGUUGCUUACAACAUUUCAGAGGUCACAACACUGCCCAUCGCAACGACCGCGCCACACCGCUGUUCGCGCCAUUUGCCCACACCAGCUGGAAAGAUCCAGCCUCAGCCGGCACCGCGCACAAUCCACAUCCUCCACCUGCGACCACCGCCGCCGGCCCACACCGCCCGCAGCCCGCACUGCUCGCCGCCGCCAACCGCCAAAUCUGCGGCCGCCACAAUCGCAGGCACGCCCCCUCCCCCUCCCCGGCCUUCCGCGCCAUCGCCAAAUCGGACGCCGUCUGGGCCUGCUUCCUGCCGCCGCUCGCUGACCUCCCGCCGCUGGCCAAUGGAGAGCCGCUGCCGGGGCGCGGGAAGAAGGACAUGUUCCUCUGCCUCUCCGGCAGCUCCAUCCUCCUUUCAGGCGGACUCAUGAGCAUGUGGCUGGACAGGGAUUCCGGCGCCAAGUGUUACAUGGUGUCGGCGAAGCAGCUGUCCAUCGCGCGGCACGACACGCCACAGUACUGGUCCUGGAUUGAUCUCGCCGACUCGAGGUUCUCUAAAGGUGCUCAACUCAUCUUUGUUUGUUGGAUGGAAAUCCGCGGCAAGAUACACGGCAAGAUGCUGUCACAAGGCACACCUUAUGCCACUUACAUGCUGUUCAAGUUGGCAGAUGAGACCUACGGGCUGGACUCGCCAGCCGAUGCAUCUGUGAGCGUUGGAGGCACAGGUAUUGCGCGCAAGCUCUGCAUCCAACAUAACCCGCAAAGAUGCUAUACAGAGGACGUAGUGCUCCCUCGUGAAAGGGCUGAUGGUUGGAUGGAGCUGGAACUAGGUGAGUUUGUAUGCGAGGGGGAUGAAGAUGGCGACGUGUCCUUCAGCCUAGUGGAGACGAAACGUUUGAAUGAGAAGAGCGGUCUCUUCAUGCAGGGCAUGAAGAUAAGGCGUAAGAAUCAAACGGAUCUAAUUAAGGGAGGAGCUUCUGGGAUUAAACCAAAUGCGUCGACCGUUUAA